GAAGCGAUCUUUGGCUGAUGUGGACAAUUUAUUAACGGGUGAAAUAAUCUCCCGCUAAGUAACUAGCGACUGUCGAGCAAGCCGGUGUCAAAGAAAUAAACAUUUUUUUUAACAAUGGAGUGAUGAACAUAUGUAGCGUUUGAACUAAACAAUUUUUAAAAUUUGUUAGAUCUGGAAUAAAAAUAAAUAAGCGAUCAACAAUGAUGUCGGAAUGCGAACCAAACGAGACCGAUCCGGUGGUGGCGGAUGACAUAGCCCCGGUAGCCGCCGCUGCUGCUUCUACCACGGAUCUCAACUUUCGGUCACAGGAGCCACUGUUGACGUUGUUCGAUAGGAACACAGUCGGGUCUGGGACAAACCCGGGGGUCGCGAUUCGGAUCUCGGGUUCGUGUGAAAGUGUUCUUACCGAAUUGGAGACGGACGGUUCUGGGGAAGAGACUCUGUUGUUACCGUGUUUAUCCGGAGGCACGUCGUCACCUCGGGGCGAGAGGCAGAAGAGGACGAGGCGGAACCGACGGAGUUCAUCGUCGGAUAAAGAUAACCUUACCUCGCCAGGUAACAGUAGUGGAGACUUUAACCAUUUCCCCGGUGACCCAGAGUUUGGUGACAUCAUUCAGAGGGCGGAGCAGGCCAUCGAGGGCGGAGUCUUCCCAGAGAGAAUCUCUCAGGGUUCUAGCGGGAGUUACUUCGUUAAAGACUCCAAAGGGAAAAUCCUCGGUGUUUUUAAACCAAAGUCUGAAGAGCCUUACGGUCACCUCAACCCUAAAUGGACCAAAUACUUUCACAAGCUGUGCUGUCCGUGUUGUUUUGGCCGUGGCUGCCUGAUCCCCAACCAGGGCUAUCUCUCAGAGGUUGCUGCCUCCCUCGUUGAUACCAGACUAGGACUGGGGGUGGUCCCCAAAACCAAGGCUGUGUAUCUAGUCAGUGAGACAUUUCACUACAACACUAUCGACAGGGCCAAGUCCAGAGGGAAGAAAUACGCCCUGGAGAUGGUUCCCAAAGUGGGACGACACUUCCACAGAGUGGGCCUGCCCCCCAAGCUUGGUUCGUUCCAGCUGUUCGUGGAAGGGUACCAUGAGGCUGACUAUUGGCUGAGACGUUUUGAGGCGGAGCCUCUCCCAGAGAACAUCAGGAAACAGCUCCAGUCUCAGUUUGAGAGGCUCGUCAUUCUGGACUACGUCAUCAGAAACACAGACCGAGGGAAUGACAACUGGUUGAUCAAGUAUGAGAAGCCAGGGGAAGGAGAGGGAGAGAAGGCCAUCCAGAUAGCAGCUAUAGACAACGGCCUGGCCUUCCCCUUCAAACACCCUGACGAGUGGAGAGCCUACCCGUUCCAUUGGGCCUGUCUGCCCCAGGCUAAAGUGCCCUUCUCCCAGGAGACCAGAGAGCUGGUGCUGUCCCGUCUGUCAGACAUGAACUUCGUUCAGGACCUCUGUGAAGACCUCUACGAACUGUUUAUGGCAGAUAAAGGUUUUGACAAGACCAUGUUUGAAAGGCAGAUGUCAGUCAUGAGAGGACAGAUCUUAAACCUGAGCCAGGCGUUGAAGGACAAUAAAACUCCCAUUCAGUUGGUCCAGAUGCCCAGAGUCGUGGUGGAGAGACGGCGGACUGGAGGACAGGGGAGGGUGGUGACAUUAGGAACAGCUUUCACCCAGACCUUCCACUGCAAGAGACCGUUCUUCUCUUCCUGGUAGAGGGAGAGAUGGCUGGAGAGGGAGAGAGAGAGAGAGGACAAGGGAGGGUGGUAACAUUAGGAACAGCUUUCACCCAGACCUUUCACUGCAAGAGACCGUUCUUCUCUUCCUGGUAGAGGGAGGGAUGGCUGGAGGAGCUGCUGCAGGGGUGGGUGGAGAGAUGAGGAGGGAGGGAAGAGAGGGAGCCUCCACUGCAACACAAUGACCUACCCUCCUGGUAGAGAGUGUGAGAGAGAGAGGGUGAGAGAGGGAGAGGGUGAGAGAGGGAAAUGAAGAGACUCUCAGAGCAUCUUUCCUCCUGGUAGAGAGAGAGAGAGGGUGACAGAGGGAGAGGGAGAGGGUGACAGAGGGAGAGAGAGAGGGGUGACAGAGGGAGAGAGA